GUAGAAAGAAUUGAGCUUCUAGCCACGGGCCCAUUGAUGCUCAUCCAAACGCGCCAACUUUGUGACACGGCAACUAGCAGAAAGCGCUUUGAUUCCAUCUUUUCUGAGUUGCAGCCAGAGGAGCAGGAAAGCGAAUGUUCCAAAACUGAAAUCAUACGCAUACCGUCAUCCUAUCACAUAUUGAAAGAGGAACAUACGCUGCCAGCGCUCGGACCAUUCGAUGUGCUAAUUAGAACAGCAUCUGUUGCACUCACUGGCUCCGAUUUACAUGUGUUUGAGAAUGCCAAUAGUGAUAUUGCGGGCAUGACUCUGGGCCAUGAUGCCACCGGGUAUGUGGAUCGCGUUGGGAGCAGUGUCCAUCAUUUGCAUGUGGGUGAUCGUGUUGUCAUGGAGUCGGCGCUAUCCUGUGGCAUUUGUGAUUAUUGCAAACGGGGCCUCUAUAAUAUCUGCGCCGAUUUGAUCUAUAACGGUUUCUUGGCCAGCUAUCAAACGCAUCCGGCUGAUCUGUGUCAUCGCCUGCCCGACUCCAUUGGCAUGGAUGAGGGCACACUCGCCCAAACGCUUGCGAUGGGCUGUCAGGCCUGCUUCAAGGCGGACAUCUCGCCCACGAGCAAUGUGCUAAUUAUUGGCACCACUCCAACGGCCGUUUCGGCCGCGAUGUGCGCGAUGGCAAUCGGUGCUAAAAAGGUGACCAUCGCUGGCACCAUGGACAGCGCGCUGGAGAUGAUCGACAGAGAAUUGGGCUAUCAUACCAUACAUUAUGAUGCAAAUGCACUGUUUGGUGAAGUCCUCGAGGCGGUCUACUGCAAGUUCCAAGAAUGGCCUAAUUGUGCCAUCAACUGUGCAAUCACACCGAUGACCAUGAAUCUCGCCGUCAUGGCACUGCAGCCAUGUAGUGUCUGUGUCCUGGCCGAGUGCGAGUCGGAGUGUGCCAGCUUCAAUGCACUCGAUAUACUCAUGAAAAAUAUUCGUCUCGUGCCAAGUUUUCGUUCAGCCAAUAUGUAUCCAACGGCAUUACAACUUAUGAAAUCUGGUCGAGCGCCGAUGCACAAAUUUAUUGGCCAAGUAUUCGCAUGGGGCAAUGUGGAGGAAGCCUUCCAGUGUGCGCUGCACGAGUCCAAUGUUGGCUUGCGCAAGGUUAUCGUUAAUGGCAAAUCAAGUAACAUUGGUCUUCAAGCCAGAAAAAGAUCUCAUCGAUUUCAAGACUAACAUUUACCGAAUAAUCAAAAUAUUUGUUGUUCACUUGAGUAGCUUUAUGCCAAAUAUGAGAAAAAACACAUUGGCAGUGUUCUUAAUAAACCAAAAACUU